UGUCCACUCCAUCAAAAGCCAAAAUGAAUUGAGCUCAAUAAAAUUCCCUCUAUUUUCUUUUCGAUUCCAUUUCAUUUCCGCUUUUUACCUUACAAUUCACUUAUACUUCUCUACAAUUCAUUCCUCCUCCAUUGAUCUCACACCAUCUUACUAUUUUUGCUACGGUUUGGUUUCCUUUGAUCUUUUUUGAUUAUUUUUUUAUUUUUGGUACAUAUAUCGGAGGAGGAAAGGGGAAAAAGCAGCAGCAGAAGGGAAAUGGAAUCUGAUGAUGAUUUCUAUAUGAACGGCGCCAACGAAUCGGGGGAAGAUGAUUUCUACAGUGAAGGCGACGAUGAUGCUGGGGCCAUGGCUACCUACGAUGAUGAUUCCGAUGCCGAUGACGCUGGCUACGAGUUCAUCGGCCACGAUUCUGAUGAUUCCGUUGAUUUUACCUCUCAUAGUCACCGGCAAAAUUAUACCAUUUUGAGUGAAGUAGAUAUUCGUCAACGUCAAGAGGAUGACAUCACUAGGAUAUCUACUGUGCUUUCCAUCUCAGAGGCUGAAGCAGGCAUUCUACUAUGCCAUUAUAAUUGGAACGUCAGUAAAAUACAUGACGAAUGGUUUGCAGAUGAGGAAAAGGUUCGCUGGUCUGUUGGCUUAUUGGAUAAGCGUGCAGUCCCAUUUCCUGAUGGUAGCGAAAUGACUUGUGGGAUAUGUUUUGAUAACUAUCCUUGUGAUCUGCUUCAUGCCGCUGCAUGUGAUCAUCCUUUUUGUAACUCUUGCUGGUCAGGCUAUAUUAGCACAGCCAUUAAUGAUGGUCCUGGAUGUUUGAUGUUGCGAUGUCCUGAUCCAUCCUGUGCUGCUGUUGUUGGUCAAGAUAUGAUAAAUGCAUUGGCUUCUGCUGAAGACAGAGAGAAGUAUUCUCGUUAUUUCAUUAGAUCUUAUGUUGAAGACAAUAGGAAGACCAAAUGGUGUCCUGCACCUGGGUGUGAUUACGCCGUGGAUUUUAAUUUUGAUAGUGGAAACUAUGAUGUCACGUGUCACUGCUCAUAUAGCUUUUGUUGGAAUUGCUCUGAAGAAGCUCACCGUCCUGUUGAUUGUGAAACUGUUGCCAAGUGGAUACUGAAAAACAGUGCUGAGUCUGAAAAUAUGAAUUGGAUAUUGGCUAAUUCCAAGCCUUGUCCUAAAUGCAAGCGCCCAAUUGAGAAGAACCACGGGUGUAUGCAUAUGACAUGCACACCACCAUGUAAAUUUGAAUUUUGCUGGCUUUGCCUUGGUGCAUGGACAGAUCAUGGUGAGGUAACUGGUGGUUAUUAUGCUUGCAACCGUUACGAGACAGCAAAAAAAGAGGGCACGUUUGAUGAAGAGGAGAAACGAAGAGAGUUGGCUAAAUUAUCUGUAGAGAAAUACACUCAUUAUUAUGAACGAUGGGCAACCAACCAAUUAUCUAGGCAAAAGGCAAUGGCUGAUCUACAGCAAAUGCAGUCCGUGCAUCUCGAGAAGUUGAGUGAGAUACUGUGUCAACCUGAAUCACAGCUGAAGUUCAUCAUUGAGGCAUGGCUACAGGUAAUAUGGCUUGCAGGCGAGGCUGAGUCUGGGUUAGAACGACUUCAUCGAUGUGCAGAGAAGGAGCUUCAGGUCUACCUCAAUGCAGAGGCACCAUUAAAAGAUUUUAACGAGUUUCGCUCAAAACUUGCUGGAUUGACCAGCGUGACACGAACUUUCUUUGAGAAUUUAGUUCGAGCUCUAGAAAAUGGCCUAUCAGAUGUGAACUCUCGUGGAGCCUGCAGUAGGAUGGGGAGUUCAAAGGGCUUGGGAGGUGGUAGCAACAGUAGGGGAAGAAGUUGGAAGGGCAAAGCUUCAACCCAUAGAUCCAGCUGCUCUAACAGAAAUAAUGAAGAUUCUGGCCAUUGAUCUUGUGAAUAUUCUACGCCAAAUUUGCCGGCAGCAGGCACCUACAGAGAAUUGGCAUCAACAUUCCGUCUCAAACGUUGAUGUCCGUUUGCCAAGGCAUAGGGCUUUUGGCAUUGCCAGAGGAGAGGAUGAGGAAAAAAGGGGGG